AUGUCGACAGCAUCCAGAAAUGCGGGCGCUUCCACGAGCGGCGCGCAAGCUGGUGUGGGUGAGAAGUCGCUCUUUGAGCAGCAGCGAGAGCUUCUGUUGAAGGAGAUUGGCGUGAGCUUCGAGCAUGUCCUGCAUAACAUCAACAAAUUAAACCGAUCAUUGGAGGGCGUCAUUGCUGUCGGAAACGAGUUCAGCUCCGUUGAGGCACUUUGGUCAUCAUUUGAAAAUGUGAUGGCCAAAUAUCCUGAUGCAGAGGCAGAAAAGAAUACUAGCGAGGAAGCAAGAGACACUGCCGAGGGCGACGAAGAAACCGUACUGCCGGAACACAAAAGUUGA